AUGGAAGCGAGGAUGAAGAAGUACAACCGGCAAGUGAGUCCGGAGAGGGCCAAAGUGUGGACUGAGAAGUCCCCAAAAUACCACCAGAGUCUGAAGGUUCCCGUGAUUUACUAUCUUUGUCGAAACAGGCAGCUAGAGCACCCUCAUUUCAUGGAGGUCCCACUUUCAUCACCGGAUGGACUAUACUUGAGAGAUGUGAUUGAUAGACUAAACGUGUUGAGAGGUAGAGGUAUGGCUUCCUUGUACUCAUGGUCUUGCAAGAGGAGCUACAAGCAUGGAUUUGUGUGGCAUGAUCUAUGUGAAGAUGAUAUAAUUCUACCAGCUCAUGGAAAUGAAUAUGUUCUCAAAGGUUCUGAGUUCUUUGAUGAAUCAAAUUCAGAUCGUUUCAGUCCCAUCAACAAUGUUAAAAUACAAAGCAUGAAGCUGUUGCAAGGGCCAGCUUCUUCUAGGAGCCAUGAUGAAGCCUCAUCCUCUUCUAGCAUGAACGGGAAAGAGACAAGAAUCUCCCAAGAUGAUGAGCUUUCCCAAGAACCACACACUGGUUCUUCUGAUGUUUCUCCAGAGUCUAGGGCUGAAAAGAGUGAUGCUCUAAGCUUGGCAUUGACAGAAUACAAAAUUUACAAAACUGAUGGAUUGGCUGAUGCUUCAACUCAGACAGAAGAAAAUGUGAGCAGAUCCAGAGGUCAGAAAACUUGUACGAGGGGUGUAUCAACAGAGGAUGGAUCUUUGGAAUUUGAAUGUCAUGAAAUAUGUCAAGCUGAAGUUCCACAAGUGAAAGAUACUCCGCAAAUCUGUAGGGAUACUGUUUCUCCUCCUCCCUCGACUUCAAGUUCCUCGUCUUUUGUGGGGAAGGCUGAAACUUUGGAAUCUCUGAUUAGAGCUGAUGCUAGUAAAGUGAACAGCUUUAGGAUUCUGGAGGAGGAGAGCAUGCGGGAGCCAACCAACACGAGGCUGAAAGCUUCAAAUUUGCUGAUGCAGCUGAUCUCGUGUGGCUCUAUAUCAGUGAAAAACCAUAGUUUUGGCCUUAUUCCUUCCUACAAGCCCAGGUUUUCCAGCUCAAAAUUUCCUUCCCCACUGUUCUCAACUUCUUUUGUGUUAGGAGAAUUUGAUUGCUUAGCCGAGAAUCCAAAGUUGAUGAGCCUCAGAUUGGAGGACAAAGAAUAUUUUAGUGGAAGCUUAGUUGAGACUAAACUGAAGGAAGGAAAUGGAUUUAAUGUUCUGAAGCGCUCUUCUUCCUACAGUGAUGAGAGGACAUAUAAAGAGCAGAAACCACAAGAAGACAAAGAGGAGUCAUCAUCCUCAGGACAUUCAAAAUGCAUUCCACGAUCAAUUAAGGCUUCAUUGUCCAAGCAUCCCCGAAGUGAAUCCAUGAGAUCUCCUGUAUCUGAUGGACCCCGCAACUCAUCAGAUAGAAUUGAUGGCUCGGGCAUAUCCCCAGUGACAUCUAAUGGUAGCAGCAAAAGAAUCACUGAACCUUUGUCAGGGAAAAAGCAAUCAAAGAGGAUAGAUUCGUUUAAAGAAGAGGAGGAAGUGAUCAAAAUUGAAGAAAGCUUGCUUCAGGAGCUCGGGUUAUAA